UUCCACUGCCCUCCACUUGUCCGAGUUCGAUGCAGAGCUCCCACAGCCCUGUCAGCCGCCGCUCCAGCCGGCACAAGCGGCAGAAAGAAGUUUUCCCAGGUGGUUGCCCUGCGAAGCCGAUUACCGGUUAAAUCGGGAAGAAAAGAAACCCUUCUGCUCCCCUCUUUCCCGACCUGCCGGCGCAGCAGGAGCCGGAGUGAGCCUGACGGAGGCGGAGCGGAGCGGAGCGGAGCGGAGCGGAGGGAGCGCGCAGCUUGCCCGGGGCUGCCGAGCCUCCUCCACACCCGGCUGCUCACGUUGGGUGGCUGCGGUGCCUUCCUCCUCCUCCUCUUUCUCCUCCUCCUCUUCCACCCCUCUAACCAUCCACCCUGCCCGGCGCUGGCAGGGGCGGCCACCACCUAUCGCGGGGCUUUGCCUCCGCCUUCCACCCGCGGAAACUUUGCUUGGCGUCAACGGGAGAGGAUGGAGCCAGGGGAGCCCCUCAACCGGUCCCAGGAGGGGGCAGAGGUGCCCCGCGGGGAGUUCAACGCUUCCGGGCUCCCUGACGCAGAGGGGAAGCCCCUCUUCGGCAUCGGCAUCGAGAACUUCAUCACCCUGAUCGUCUUCGGCUUGAUCUUCACCCUGGGGGUGCUGGGCAACUCGCUGGUGAUUACGGUGCUGGCUCGCAGCAAGCCAGGCAAGCGUCGCAGCACCACCAAUAUCUUCAUCCUCAACCUGAGUAUCGCCGACCUGGCCUACCUGCUCUUCUGCAUCCCCUUCCAAUCCACGGUCUAUGUGCUGCCUACCUGGGUGCUGGGUGCCUUCAUCUGCAAGUUCAUCCAUUACUUCUUCACCGUCUCCAUGUUGGUGAGCAUCUUCACACUCUCGGCCAUGUCUGUGGACCGCUAUGUGGCCAUUGUGCACUCGCGGCGCUCCUCCACCCUGCGUGUCCCCCGCAACGCGCUGCUGGGUGUUGGGCUCAUCUGGGCUCUCUCCUUUGCCAUGGCCUCACCAGUGGCUCAUCACCAGCGCCUCUUCCACCGCAACGGCAGCGACCAGACCUUCUGCUGGGAGCACUGGCCCAAUCCACGCCACAAGAAGGUCUACGUGGUCUGCACGUUUGUCUUCGGUUAUCUGCUCCCCCUGCUGCUCAUCUCUUUCUGCUAUGCCAAGGUUCUUAAUCAUCUGCAUAAAAAGCUGAGAAAUAUAUCAAAGAAGUCAGAAGCAUCAAAGAAAAAGACAGCACAGACUGUGUUGGUGGUGGUAGUGGUUUUUGGCAUCUCCUGGCUUCCGCAUCAUGUGAUUCAUCUCUGGGCUGAAUUUGGAGUUUUCCCACUGACUCAAGCCUCAUUUCUCUUCAGGGUAGCUGCACACUGCCUGGCUUACAGCAAUUCUUCUGUAAACCCAAUUAUAUACGCAUUUCUCUCUGAAAAUUUUAGAAAGGCCUACAAACAAGUUUUCAAAUGCCAGAUAGGUAACGAAUCACCUCUGAAUGAUGCUAAAGAAAAUAAGAGUCGGAUAGAUACACCACCAUCUACCAACAGUACACAUGUGUGAACUUUAGAAAGUCCUGUUUGCUGGCUCUUCAGCUGUAUGAAUGAACGAAACUUCUGGAAAACAAAGCACAAUGAGCUUUAUCACAGCUUUUUCUUGAUAAAGCUAAUAGGUAUUUAAGGUAAUGAAAUUGCAUUUGUAGCAAACAUUCAUGAAACUGGUAUGAAGGAAAACCAGGCUGGUCCUUUGUAUUGUAUUUUUGCCAAAUGAAGCUCCUGACCUUUGAAAGAUAAUUCAGAAACAAAACAAUGGUGAUGAUUUGUGUGUGUUCCUAUUCAUUAAGCAUCAUGUGUAUAAGCAUUCAAAUGUAAUAUACAAGAAGUAUUCGUUGAUAUGGAUAAAACACUGAACUUUCUCACGUCUUACUCCAUAGAAGCAAAGAGAUGGCUAAAUUUUCUGACUUACAGAUAAUAAACACUGUGGUGGUACUACAAUUUCAGAGAGGAAAAGUUCCAUUCUCUGUUCAGGUUGUUUUGACAAUGUCUUUUGCCUUUAUAAAGCAAAGAUGGGAUCUGACUUGGAGUUGAAAUAACCCACGUACAAUUUGAGACAAUUGCUUUAGAGAGGCAACACUGAUUUUAUCUGUUCAGCUAUCUUUUUAAUGUAACGUGGUGAAUGAUGAUGUACUUUUUACUGCUUUGUAUGCCUGCCUUACUGCACACACAGAACUUUUGUGUACACUAUAUAAGGUUUUGUUUAUGGCCUGUGUGAAGUUCUAUCAAAAUGAAAAUUUGUCUGAGGAAAGCUUUUCUUUAGCUGCUGCAUGUGUGUUAUGUGUGUGUGUGUGUUUUGUUAACUUUGUUGAGUUUGAGAUGGAAAUACAGUUUUAAAUGUACAAUAUCAAUAUAUAUUUUAAAAUCUUAUGUUCCAUAAAGAAAAUCCAAGCAACGCAUAAGUACUUAAAACAGCAAUCCUUUAAAAGUUCUAAUGGAGGUUUGAUACAAUGUAACUCUAAAAUGGUAAAUUUCGGAGGGAUACAUUUAUAUCAGUACAAGGUGUGUAAUACAAAUCACAAAUAAAAAGUGUGAGGGCCUCAGCACUUUGAGGACAUAUUGUUAGCGGAAGUAUGAUAUGCUUUUACCAUUUACGUCCAUGACCCAUAGAGUCAUAGAGCAAAUUAAGUUGAAGAAAAAUCUUGGGAUCCUCUCAAGGCAGGGUGUAUCGCUUCUUGUCUAGGUAUGUUUUGAGAUUUCCAAGGACACAAUUCAGCAGCUCAUCAGUCAUAGCUGGGAUUUCCCUUGAUGUAGCUUGCAACCAUUUCCCUUUGUCCUCUCACCAACCCUUGAGAAGACUCUUCACUCUAACCAAACAUGCAUAAUUGUAGAUGACAAAUUAGAGUUUCUCCCUGUCUUCUCCAAGCUGAAAAAAUAAAGUGCAAAGUCCCUGGUCUUCCACUGGACUUGCUCCAGCUUGGCCAUCCCUCUCAUGCACUGGGAUGUUCCAAACUGGACAGCAUGUUUCAAGUGCUUUCCCAUGAGUAUUGAGUAGAGGGGACAAAUCACCUUCCUUUACCCCAUCUUUUUCUACAGAAUUGCAUUCAGCUUGAUUUUGGUUGUGCCUUUGUUGAAAUUUAUUAAUUUGAUAACUGUUGUCCAUUCUCUGGCUCACCAGGUUCUUCCAAAAGAAAACUCAGCACUCAAAAGUAUCUGCUAUCCCCCCAGGUUUGACGUCAUCUGUGGCUUGCAUUCUGCACCCUUGGUUUGGUCUUUGCUGAAGAUCAUGUAGGCAUAGAAUGGGUUAGGCUGGAAGAGUCCUUAUAGGUCAUCCAGUUCCAACCCCCUGAUGUAGGCAGGGCAUUCCCCACCAGAGCAAGCCACCCAGAGCCCCAUAACACCUGGCCUUGAACACCUCCAAGUAAGGGGCAUCCACAGGGUUGACCUGGGCAACAUGUUCCAAUGCCUCACCACUCUCAAACUUUCUUCAUAGGAGAGGUGCUCCAGCUCUGUAAUCAUCUUCACUGGACCCACUCCAAGAGCUCCACAUCUUUCCUGUGCUGGGUGCCACAGGCCUGGACUCAGUAAUCCAGAUGGGGCCUCGUAAGGGGAGAGUGGAGGGGGGAUAAUCACCUCCCUCACCCUGCUGGCCACCCCUCUGUGGAUGCAGCUCUGGAUGCAGUUGGCCUUCCAGACUGCAAGAGCACACUGCUGGCUCCUGUCCAGCUUUUCGAAGAUGUUAAAUACUGUUGGACAGAUGCUCUGUCAGAUACCUUUUUUCCACAGACUUACUGAUCAGUUAUGGAGGGUGAGAUCACAUGAAAAUGUCUGUUUACAUGUCAGUGCUACGUGGAAUCAGUAAAAUAAUAUUGAAGACAUGCUGGUGCACACAUGACAUUUGUGUCCAGUCAUUCAUAUGAAGAAGCAGUUUGAAGUUACUGUCAGGAUCACAGAAUAUACAAGAAAAAAAAAAUGGAAAAGAGUUUAUCCAUAGCACAUCCUUUUCUGGGUUUGAUUUGAUAUUAGAAAAACACUCUAGCACAAUGUUACUGUUAUACCUAGCUUUCAGGUUUUUUGGUUUUUUUUUUCAGAUUCCAAUCACUCAAGUUAUUAAGUCACUAUCAGACCACACUUGAGUUUGUAACAUAUUCAGUGAUCUUGAAGCUACAAAAAUUAUGUUUCUCCUUUUUAAAAAUUGCUUUCUAAAAGUUAUUUGAAUAAAAAAUUACAAUGUAAAUACAAGUUUAUACAAGUAAAAAGUUAACAUGGUGAAAUUAUGAUUUCAUGAGAAAAUUGCAUUUUUUCUUAACUGUAAAUAAUUUUAAACCUAGUGACAUGACAGCCAGUAAUAGGACUUCAUCGGCUUGAAAUUGUAAGGAUAAAGGAGUGGGGAAGGCCUGUAGUAAGAACAUGUUUAUAAUGCCCUGUCUGAUUUCUGCGUGUGUCAGUAAAACUUGUGUCUCAGAGACGUGUUAAAAUCAUUGGCCACUCCAAAAUUCAAUUUCCUGGCUAAAACAUACCCCUUUUAGUCAGUGUCUCUACCAUGGCUUUGAUGUAUCCACUGUAAGCUAGAGGAUGUUACAUGUAAAAACUGUUAAAUAAUGUGAACUGUGCCUAACCCUUGAGGAGAUGGAGAGUUGUGCAGGGAUUUGUGCCAGAAACAUGGCUAAUUUGGGCAGAAAAACAGGGAACAGGCACUGAUUCCCUUGACAACAAAAUGCCUGACUACAAGGUCUGAGUUUGCUGACAGGUUAUUGUUUAUUUUGGAAGACUUGUUUUUUUUAAUACGCUUUGUGACACAUCUGUAACCAAAAACACUAAUUUCAGUGUACACUGAAGCCAAAAAAAAAAAAAAAAAAAAAAGAUUAUUUCUCUGGCUGACGCUGAAUUUUCCACUCCAAUAAUUCCACUGAAUUCGACUCUAUUGUAUUAAUAAGGCAAUACUAUUCCAUACAAAAAAAAAAAAAAAAUAGGCAACAGGAUGAUGUAAUUCCUCUCAAACUAAAGCACUGUACAUACAUGCAGUUAAACAAUUACUUAAAUAUAUGCAAAUCUCUCAAGUUAUAUAUUUCAAAGCAUUGUGAGAAUUAGAGAUCCCCAAAAGAAACAGCUACUCACAUAUUUAUUUAUAAAUGCCUUGAAUUGUUAUUGCACACACAGUGUCAAAAUGCUGCCUCUUUGCUCUGUUUCAAAAGUAUCUCCUGAAAUUAAAAACAUGCUAUACAUUUAAGACUGAUGAUAGUAGUAGUAUAUCCCACCAGAACAAGCAGUAAGAGUUGUUUAGUCCUUAAAAAUGUAUCUUAGUAGAGAAACACAGAAGAAGUUUAAUGUCUCAUUUCUUGCACAUUUCUUAGCAGUAGGACAUUUCAGCAGGUUUCCAGUCAAUUUUGCAUUUCAUAUUUUAGAAUUUCAGGUUUUCAGUUGCUUUUUUUUAAUUUUUAUUUUUAAACCAGUUUUGUUUUUAAAAUAUCUGAAAAUUUCAAUAAAACACUGUGUCAGUGGAACUUUGAAACUGUGAAGAUUAAUGUUUAAAAGAAACUAGGAAAUGGCUCCAUCAAGGUUCUUCAUGCAGUGUUAGCCCUACCUAUCUGCGGUAAGCAUUUCAGGGAUGGUAAAAGCUGUUAGAUGAACAAAAAAUUACAGCAGUGCUCUUCUUCAGCUAAUACAGUCUAAAAUAUAUUUUGUGUCCUUCAAGAUCUGUGUGAACCCAUAUGCACACUGUGGAGCACUAUAAUUACACUACAUUUUGAAUCCAUAUAUAAAAUGGAGACAAAAAUUCAGCACUUAAGAAGCAUACUAUGCUUAUGAAGGAGACAAUAACUUCCUUUCAGAGUGAAGAUAAAACUGAAUGACUACUUCUGUGUGAGCUAUAAAAUUACACAGAACUUUCACUCAGAAGUAUGCAUUAAACAUCUACGGUAUAGUAGAAACAUUCAGAAUUUUGUAAAAAUUGUUUCAUAUUAAAAAUGAAUGUAGAAGCUCCUUGCAUUUUUUUUUUUAUGCUAAGGUGGAUAGCAAAAUCAUAUGCUAGAGUAAACAAUAAAUAUGUGACAAGGCUGUUUGAAAUCCUAUGUAAGAAAUGAUGAUGAUUGUAUAAGGAGCAAACUUCAAUUUUGUAGCCAGGUGUUCCCAACUGCAGCCAUAACAUCCCGUGAGUAUUUAUUAUGAUGAAAUUAAUUGUACCAGUGAUUAUUUACAACUUAUUCUGAAGUCUUUUGCUAUAUUUAAACACUGGAGAAAAAAUACAUAUUACUUAAUUUUUCACAAUAUUUUUCACAAUAAGGCAGUGUAAUGAUAUCUUACAAUCCUUUGAGCUUUUUAUUCACUUUGUACAUGUUUUCUUUCUUAAAUGCUAAUACUAUUCUAAUCAUAAUCUAUUAUAUAUGCCAUGGUUUUAUGAUUUUUUGUUAUCAGUAUUCCACAUCAUAACAUCAUGCCAAGCACUGGGAGUUCAUUAAUUAAAAUGAAUUAAAAAUAAAAUUAAUUAAUAACUGGGAGUUAUUAAUUAUAUAACUAUCUCCAAGAGAUAAUCACUAAGCUUUGUAUAUUUAUUGUCAUGGUGAAAUCAGUGUGUCUUUAAACCCCAUGUUGUAGGGAAAGUGAGGGAUCUUUACAGAAAACAACGUUGGAAAUGCAUUAUUUUAGACAUCUUAUCUUCAUGGCUGCUUUAUAGCAUGAUGUGUCACAUUGUACCUAAUGACAUUUGUUAUAUUUUGGGAAAGGAAAAUAUCAGAGAAAAGAUCAGCUUCUACCUUACAAAGUUUGAGCUUGUGUUAUUUAUUCAGAAUACAUACAAAUGUUGAAGAUGAAGAAAUUAAAAUUGUGUUUGUUUCAGUGUAUAAUGAAUGUAAAGUAACACAGUUGUUCUAAGAUAUACUGUACUUCGCAUGAUUUUUCAAAUGUUUUUUUUCCAAUACAUUUGUAUUCUGUUUCUCUAUAUGAUAUGAAAAACUAGCCCAUUUUCUUCCACAGUAUUUGUAGUGUAUUUGAAAACAAGCAGUGCCCUCUGGAAAAAUCCCAGAAAAAGUAGAGUAUGUGAUACUCAAUAGAGUUUCACGGCUAGAUAUUGUUAUAGAUUGAAAAUACCCUUAAGAAAAUUUAACUGAUAUAAAAUACACUCUCAUUUUCAAGUGCCUAAAUGCAGGAGGUAUGAUCUUUCAUUUAGGUUGGUAAAAGUCAAUUGAAAGCAAUGGAACUUAUUGAAAUUUCUUAUUCAAGUACAAUUUCAAUCUCUGCGAUUCAUGUGUUGCUUAAGAGACAAACAGAGCCAGAUCCAUGUAUUUGAAUAUGAAAAGAAACAAAAUACUUCAAUGAUCUGAAAUCUAAACUUUUUUAUUAGAUGAAUGCCUCUAAGAGGAUCCACUUUUGGGAGGCAGUCAAAUUGAUGUCUAUUUGUGUGCAGGUUUUCAUUAACAUAAAGCAGUGGCCGUUUAAAACAGUAAAAUAUCUACAUGAAUAUGAAAGCAGAAUAUGAUCGGUUCCACACCUAACGAAAUGUAUUUUGUAAAAGCAAAUUAAAUGUUACAGCAUAUUUAAAAUGAUGUGCACUUUUAAUCUAUGAUUCUAAUCUAUCAAUUUUAGCUAUACAAAUAUCUUGUGCAAUUCUUGAAUGUGUAUACAUAUGUACUUGACGUUAGUACAUGCAGGGGAGCACCCUGGCUCGGUAUAUUUACUGAACUAAGUCUGAAGUCUCAUUUUAUAAAGACAUUCCUUAAAUAUAGCAUGCUCCCCUUGAAAAUGUUUGUUCUAUCUCCAUGUGCCUCUCCAUGGUUAUUCAGUUCUCUGCUAAACAUGUAACUAUCUUUACAAUUUAGUACAAGAAAACUAGUAGCUUUAAUAUAGUACAACAAAAAAUAUCAUUUUACUUAAGAAUGAAUAAAAUGAGGUAAACUUUAGGAAUCAGUUAUUACACUGAAAAAUGAUGAUCUUGAAAUUGUCAGCUAUUUUAACAUAACAUCUGACUCUGCAACUGAACUUGCAAAACCCCUGCAAUUGUGAGUUCAGAACAUAGAAAUACCUUAGAUUUUGUCACUGGAAACACUGCUGCAGAGUGGCUGUCACACAGAAGUUUCUCAAAGUGCUAAAAACAACAACUAUGAAAGGUAGGAAAUGUCAGCAAUUCAGCAUAGAGAGAUAUGAUUAGUAAGUAGCCCAGUUACAUCACAUACCUCUGUACCAGUAGAAUCACAGAAUCAUUCAGCUUGGAAAAGACCACUAAGACCAUCUGGUCCACCAUCAGCCCACCCCCACUGACCA